AUGUGUAGCCUUGCAGCUGGCAAGCCUGUUGGAGACAAAGCAGGUUUAGAAGCUAACCCAGAGGUACCUGCUGACUGGCAGAUGCAGCUAUCAUUAGCUGAGAAGCAUAUUGCUACUCUGAUUACAGGAGAGGGUUCAGCAGAAGACCAUGAGUCAAACAAAGUUAUGGGUGAUUUUCCAGGCAGUGAGUCAGUUGACAAUAAGGCAAACAAAAUUGUUGGUGCUAACAUAAAAGACGAUCUGGCAACUGCUGGGCAGAAACACUCUGCAGCAACAGAGAAAGAAACAGAGCAAACAGAGACACCUGAAAGCAAGCAACCUAAAGAGAGUGAGGAAGUAAGAGAAGAAGACUCUUCUAAGGUAGAGACACAAACAGAGCAAGAGAAAUCUGAGCAUAAAGACCUAAUUACUGAAGAAACAGAGCAGGAGAGUAAUAAGACCACAGAGGCUAAGCAAGAACCAAAUGUGAUUUUGAGGCCAAAUAAGGCUGCAAUAUGGACCCAUUCAGGUUUAGAUGCAGAGCUACGACCAGAAUUUCCACCAGAGCAUCUUCCUCUAUCUGUGCUACCUUACCCCAAUCGUAGAUUGUCUCUGGGGUUAGAUUGGGAGAAAGGUGGGUGGGAAGGCGAAAGUCUGGGUCAAGGUGGAUUCUGGUCCAGAGAGAGGCGGUCUCUUGAUGCUGAAAGAUGGGGUGUUGAUGGGGAGAUGUGGGGUUUAGACAAUGAUAGACAGGAAGGAGGUGGUGAAAAACGGGGUCUGGGGGGUUGGCGUGGGUGUGGGAUGGACAGAAAAGGCGCAGAUGAUUCUGACUGGGAGUUAGAUAGUAAUAACCAGGACAUUGGUGAAAAAGGGGAGGUUUUGGACACAAAACAGAAAACACUUAUGCAGGGUCUCAGUGAAGAUCAUAGCUGUUCAGCCUCUAGCACCGAUAAAGUGUGGCCUAAAGAAGAUGCUGCAAAUGAAGUAAUUGAUAAGGAGCAGAGUCAAAUUCCAGAUGAUGGUCAGGGUUCAGAGGUUGAGAGAAGGAGCCAUGGACUUUCUCAAAGAAUAGAGGCUCUUUUUACAGCCCCACCCGGGCAUGGCUCAGAGGAGAGACUUGCCCGCAUGAGGGAGGUGAACACUGUCUCAAGAAUGAGACGCCUUAGCCUCCGUAGCUCAGACUCAUGGGAUGGACUACAAGGGGUUGGGAGGUGGGGAGAGUUUGGGAGGGAGGAAGAAUACCCCCUUCCUUGCCCACAGGAUCUUUCAAACCUCACAAAAGAAGAUGAUAAACAGGGCAGUGCCCUUCCUGCAGUCAUCAGUGAACCUAAAGAUACAAAGGACGACCAGGCAACACAAAAAGAGUCACAGGAGCCCAGCCAAGUGGAGAGGUCGUAGCUGAACAUGAGAGGUCAUCCAACUAAGGGCCAGCCUCCAGCACUGUGACCUGGCUGUCUGUUAAAUGCCUUCAUCCUCAUAUGCUAUUGAAACAUCUUCAGACACCACUCACAUUUACAGUAUAUAUAUAUACACACACACACACACACACACACACACACACACAUACAAUGUUUGACACCAAUACACUGAAAUGCUAAAACUUGCAAAACACAGGUACAGAUACAUUCUCACAUGUCUGUGCAUAAACAUACAUGUAUAAAAACAAUACACAUAAACUGACACACAAACAUUCAAAGUCAUUGCCAUGUAUGCAGACACUCACGUGCAUUCAGAAUACAUUUAAAGGAAUAGUUCACCUGAAAAUUUUAAUUCUGCCAUUAUUUAAUCUCCCUAAUGUUGUUCCAAUCACAUAAGACUUUAUUUCUCCUGUGGAACACAAUAGGAAUUAAAAAUAAAUAUUAUUAUACUUUUUUUGCCAUAGUGUAAAACGAAAGUAAAUGGUGACUCUAGGCUGUCAAACUCAAAGGACCAAAAAUACCAUAAAACCACAAGUGAUCAUAUUUGUUUGUCCUUUUUAAGGCUUGAUAGCCCUGAGUCACCAUUCACUUUCAUUAUAUGGCAAAAAAACAAAUGUGAGAAUUUUUCAUUUUGUGUGCCACCGAAGAAAGAAUGUCAUAUACUGUAUGUCUGGAGUUAAAUUAGGGCGAGUAAAAAUGCGUAAAUUUUUUGGAUGAACUAUACCAUUAAACACCUUGCCACACUGAGACUUCUGAAAUGGCCUUCUACUCCGACAAAAGCAUUGUGUAUCAACUCCACUCCACGCCCACUCAGUGUUGCUGUUCCACUGCCAGAACAAGGGAAGUUCCCAAUAAUGCCCCAUUGCCCUUCAUAUGUUACAGUUCUCAUGACGCCCUGUUUUUGUACCCCGUCAUUUAUCACCCCUCUUUCCCUCCGAUUUUUAUAAAAAGUUGGGUUUAUCGAACAUUGUCUGGUGUGUUACUCAACAACAAUGAAACAAUGUUGUUGUGUGACCAAGAAACAUUAAAACAUCUUGUCACUGUCUUUUGUAAAAAGCUAUUGACUGUUUGAAAAGUAUGACAAUGUAAGAACAAGCGAUGGAGUUUAAAACCAGCUACAAUCUCUGAUACUGUCCUUGCACAAAACCUAUCAUCUGCAAAACCCCUUCUUUGCAUCUUUGCAUGUUCUUUCUACCCUCAAUCUAUUUUUUCGAGGUCCUCAGUCUUUUCACUAACCCUUCAUUACACUAACUUUGCAUACAUUACACUAAUUUCUCAAUCAUCUAGACAGUGUUAUCUCGGCACACCAAUGUUUGGGAAUACCUUGAAAUAUGGCUAUUUGUGUAAAUCCUCAUUAUUCCACUGGACUUAACAACAUCCUGUUUCUCUGUAUUCAAUGUCCUGUGCUACACUUCUUAAUUACAUUGGCCAUGAGUGAUUAACUCUGUCCUUUACACUGUAACCGUAAUUAACCCUUAUCUAUUGAGUUUGAAAACCAAACCUCAUCAUAACAUCCCCACUUCGUUGUCGGUCCUGCACUAACAUCUGUUUGUAUCCUAGUGCUUUUGCUGACAAAACCUCACUACUGUUAUGCUAUAUUAUUGACUUUAAAGGCAUCAUGAAAUCAAAAUUGUGGCUUUUAAUUCAUGUCUGUUAGCUUUGAGCCCCUCUGUAUUCUACUUCUAAAGUUUGUUUCACACUGACCCAACAAACACCAUCAUUCUUAAAGGAAUAUUAUGGGUUUAAAUCAAGUUAAACUCAAUUGACAGCAUUUGUAGCAUACUGUUGAUUUACACAAACAUUUAUUUAGACUUUAAAUGGAAGUAAAUGUGGCCAAUCUGUAAACGUUUAAAUACUCACUGUUUCAAAAGUAUAGCUACAAGAUAUGAACAAUAUACGUGUUGACAUGAUCUUGGCUCGCCAAGCUUUUCUAUUUAGUUAUAUCCAAUUUUACAACUUUGUUGCAAUGACGAUGUAAACCCUAAAACCUAAAAUCAAUUUAAUACAAUUUAUACAACUUUACAGCUCAAAUAAUACACAAGUUUUAACAGAAGAAUACAUUUUUGGUGGUAAUCAACAUUAUACCACAAAUGCUGUUUAUUGAUCUUAAUUUGUACUGAACCCGGAAUAUUCCUUUAAGUUGGCUGUUGGAUUUAGACUAUUGGGAAACAUAAUUGUCAUUUUCACACUGCCCAACAAAUACCAACGGGGUUAACACACGGACCGUGCUUGUUGGCGUUUGUUGGGGCAAUGUGAAUUUGUGGAUGUAUACGAAAGGCUAUUAGCUAUUUUAAAACAAGGGACAAUCCCUUUGUUGUGUCCCACCCCAACUUCUUGUUGUAAUGUAAUACAUAUAUGUAAUACAUAAAGAAAGAAAAUUACACUUGUCAAGCCAUUUCAUGGGGUCUUUAAGGUAAACCACAGUGUCCUAACCAGUCGUGAUUUUUUUCUUAUAGCAACUGGUUCGAACACACUUUGACAACCUUUCCUAUGCACAAAUAGUACCCUAACUCAUCUGAUCCAGUACCACAAACAGUACCCUAACUUCCCCGGUCAGUCUAUGUCCUCCCUCCCCAAGCCUUUCCUCUGUCAGCAUCAUGGGACUGUCAUUGGUGGGACUGCUUGUUGGAACACGUGGUCUGCUUGUGGAGUGCUUUUAAGGGUGUGGUCACCCCUCUGUCUAAUAUGAUUCUGAUUGAGCAGACAUGAAUGUUUUGUGGAUGCUUUUUAACUUUUGGUAAAGAUUUUUUUUUGAACUUACCAAAUCCAGGGUGGCAGACUUCAGCUUACUGUUCAGUUAUUUGUAAUUGAUUCAUUUCUUUUCUUGUUUAUGUGUCACCGGGGCUGUUCUGCUCCAAAUCAGGAGUUGGUUGGAGGAGACGCUCAAUGGCUCUGAACUGUUUUCAUUUUCCAAUGAAUCGAUCAAAGAAAUCGUACAACUCUUGGUUUGAACCCAUAGUGCCCUAUAACCAGAACUUUUCAGCACACUGUAACAUAUGUAUGUCCCUGAGUGUAGAGAGCUUUGUACAGUAUCAGCUAAAAUCAGAUGUAUUGCAGGUCAAUCGGAGACCUGGGUGGGGUGAGCGUUUCAGUAUUUGAUGUAUCAACUUUAAAAGCACCUUGUUAACAUAUUUUUUAUCGUGAUUGGAUUCAAAGAGAAUUUUUAGCUAUCGAGUGGCCUUUUUGAAACACCAGUAAUGAUAAGCCUAAGGAAUUACUUCGAAACACCACCAAAAUGUUUAUAUCUCAAGUGUCAAAAUGUGCAUAAUGUUUUGAAUGUUUGUCUGAUAUAUCAAAUACCUUAAAUGAUGUUGUGUGACCCAGGUUUUACCCAUGUGUGAUUUUAAAUUUGGGACAAUUUUCAGGCGAUGUAGACUUUAGAAAACAGUAAAGUUUUGUGUCUAUACCCUAAAACCCCAGGUAACUUCGGGAAGCAAUAAAUGCUUACGAGUGUUUCAAUGGAAAAGCUAAACGUGUACAGAUACAGUAAUUUUAAUGGUUAAAUGUAGAUGGUUGCGAAGUAGAGGACAGCUCUAGAUAUGUAAUGAUUUGGAUUAGUUUAGAGGAAAGAUACUAAAUGGUAAUGUGUGAUAUGUAUGGAACAAUUUAGAUAUUUUUAGGAAAAACAAAGGUUUCAGAAGUUACAAUAUGUUAUGGAAUGGAGAGAUAUGAUACUUUAUGACAUCAUAAUGCAUGAAUGCUUGAGCAAUAUUGCCCACCACAAAAGCUCAUUGGCUGUAGAAAAUCUGGGAACCAGGAUGUUCUCGUGUUAAAGUGUCAUCUAUCCAAAUGUCACACUUAGAAAAGCAUUUAAAGUAUAAAGUGUGUGUAUGCGCAUGUGUGUGCGCAGUGGCGGAUUUAAGUAUGGGCGACAUGGACAGCCGCCGGGACGGCAUUAAUACACCAAGUGUGCUGAAGCGGGUUUUGUCCAGGGCGCCACACAAGCUAGAACCGCUACUGUGUGUUUGCUUGUUUUAUCCCUGUCAUAGUGCCAUCCAUGUGAUUUUAAAAAAGGCAUUUCAAUGAAUACUUAUUUUUGUUAUCAUUGUUAACCAGUCUGCAUAUGUAUAAAAUAAAAGUAUAUUUUAAAUAUUUUAAAAGAUAUUUUGUAUUUAACCAUACUAAUUAAUUUCUUCGCUCUUGGAUCAAGUUGCUGGUAUUAUUAUGUUGCUGUAUAGAAUGCUAAUAAAAUUAUAUCAUUUUCUAGUGUUUAAAGGGGCCAAAUUUAACCGAAAAGUUAUCAUGUUUGUAGAGACCUGCAGUAUAUGUCCUAUUUUGGCUCUCGAACCUUGAACUGAUAGGGGCAAUCAUUCUGAACAUUGGAUGUGAUUUACAGGAUUUUGCUUUUUACGUUUGCAGUACAUGCUGCAGUAAAGUGAAAAGGCCCACAGUUGACAUUUGAUGCUUUGUAUAGCUGUAACGGUUAAUUCAAUUUACAUCAAUUUAGUGGAUCCUGCAGCUGUCUAGAAACUUACGGUUCCUUACAACAAAGUGCAUACAAAAGGAAAUUGUAACAUUAGAGGUGACUUUGUUAUUUUGAUUAUGAUCAAAGGUAAAUGUGGCCUUAUUUUGUUUGAACAUUUGUACGUCUUCCAUUCAGAAUCAUGUACUGUUAUCAUCAUGAGCUCGUACCAACAUUUUUAUAUAACUUAAUAAAUAAACAGACUUUAGAUCACACAGCCAAAUAGUUCUUUCUUUCUUCGCAAAUAUGAUAAGCUAAAGUUUGGAUUGAAAGGAUGAUGUGUAGCACACUGACAGGAUCUGAUCCCUCUUUCACUGAAAAGGCCAUAACUGUUAUGAUUUCAAGCUGUUUUCAUAAACUAUGUAGCAUUUUUGCCAUUGUAGCAUUCAGAGUCAAAUGUGAACGGAAUUGUAUUGCUUUUAUUUUCGUUUGUAACGGGAGUCGUAAUGAUAACACUGUCUGUAUUUUGAAACAUAAGCUGUUUGUUGCAUUUUUAUGCCAAGAGUGUCAUCAGUUACAUUUGUAAUGCUUAUCUUUUAAUCAUCUUACAUUUCUGGAUAUCAUGGUUGGCAUUUGCAUAAAUCAUUUUGUUGUUCCAUGUUUGUAAAUGUUUUAGGCAUUUUAAAUGUAAAUAUGUGACAUAA